AUGAGCGCCCCGUCAAAGUACCUUAUUACAGUAGCCAACUGCGGUAUCGGUAAAGGCUUCGUGCAACGCAUCUUACAAAAGCCCUCCACGACCGUUGUCGCUGCUGUCCGCGAUCCCCUGCACCCAACUUCCAAGGCCCUCCAUGACUUGCCCAAAGGUCCUGACACCAAGCUUAUCAUCGUAAAGCUAGACUCUGCAGUUGAGACUGACAGUGAUGACGCCGUGGCUCAUCUUCGCAACGAGGGCAUCAACUCUUUGGACAUCGUCAUUGCGAAUGCUGGUAUCGCUCAGGGAGGCGCCGGUGUGCUUGACACAUCAGCCUCCAACACUCUCAAGCACCUCACUGUCAAUGCCAUUGGACCCUUGAAGCUCGCUCAGGCCACUGCACCUCUUCUGAAGGCCAGCGAGACUGGUAGUCCCAAGUUCAUUGCCAUCUCUACUAUUAUGGGCUCUAUUGGCUCACAAGAGCUCUUCAGCCACUUUCCCAAGUCUUCAAGCCCGUACGGUGCCAGCAAGGCUUGUCUCAACUGGUUUAUCCGUUUAAUGUCCUUUGAGGAGCCUUGGUUGACGACCUUUGUUUUCCACCCUGGCCUGGUGGAAACGGACCUCACAGCCGACAGCGGGAUGGAUAUGGAGGCUCUGGGAGGCAUAUCGGUUGAAACAAGUGUAGCCAACAUGGUAAAGACCACAUUUAGUCUCGAACACAAGGAGUUGACUGGAUCGUUCCGGAAUCAUGAUGGUACUGUGAUCCCAUGGUAG